AUGAAAGCUCCUUCUAAACAAAUAGUUACUUUGUGGUACUAUGUUGUCGUCGCUGCAUGUUGUAUGAUCUUUUAUGGUUACGAUGCUAGUGUCUUCUCGGCAGUGGAAACCAACAAAAAUUGGGUUGAUCAUAACGAAAAUCCAAGUGAUAAUGCUUUGGGAGGGAUCAAUACCGCUUAUACUGUCGGUGCCAUCAUUUCUGGGUGGUUCUUCUCCGGUUUGGCUGCCGAUCGCUUUGGUCGUAAAUUCCCUAUCUACAUCGGUUGUUUUUUAGUUAUUAUUGCCACUAUCAUGCAAGUUUGUCAACCAAGAGGUAUUGGCGUGUUUCUUGGCGGUAGAUUGAUUAUUGGUGUGGCCCAAGGUUUUGCCCUUCCUUCUGCUGCCAUUUACAUUUCUGAAAUUUCCGUCACCUCAAUGAGAGGUCAAACGGUUUCCAUCUUCCAAGUCUUCUAUUCUGUGGGAUCUUUUAUUUGUUUCUGGAUUAACUAUGCUUGUACUAAGCAUUCUGAAAAGCUUGGUAAUUGGGAUUGGAAAAUAGUGGUAAUCUUCCAACUUCUUGCUCCUCUCUAUAUUUUGUUUAACUUACCAUUCAUGCCAGAAACUCCUCGUUGGUUGGUUUCUAAAAAUAAAUUUGAAGAGGCUAGAGCUGCAUUGGUGAGAAUUAGACCUCCUAAUGAAGACGAAAUUGAUAUGGAAUUUCACGACAUCAGAGCCGCUAUUGAGUUCGAGCAUGCUACCUCCAAACCAACUAUUUGGAACCAAUACAAGAGUUUCUGGGUCGAUAAGUCUUUGCUUAGAAGAAUCCUCAUCUCUUUCGUGAUCAAUGGUGGCCAACAAUUAACUGGUCAAGGUUCUUUGAAUUCUUAUUCUUCCAAAAUUUAUGCCCAGGUUUUUAAAAGUCAAAAUACCAUCCAGCUCAUUAAUGCUUUGAACGCAACUUUUGGUAUUCUUUUCACCUUGAACGCUCUUUGGAUUGUCGAAAGAUUUGGUAGACGUCCUUUGCUUCUUGUUUCCGCCAUUGGUAUGGGCAUUUCAAUGUUAAUUGUUUCCUUGGUUGAGACUCAGGUUCCACCGGGUCCAGAUGGAAAACCAACUCACGCUAUCGGUAUCGUAACCGUCUUCUUGUUUUUCUUGUAUGAAUUAUUCUAUAAGCCAGGAUGGGGUGGUACUGUUUGGAUUUACACUUCAGAAAUUUUCCCUAUGGAAGUUAGAGGUAUUGCCGUUGGUAUGUCCUCGCAAUUCCAGAAUGUUGCAAAUGCUAUUGUCAAUCAAUUUUUCCCAACCUUUUUGGCCAAAAAGGGUUUCUAUGCAAUGUUUUUAUUCUUCGCUAUCAACACCUGUCUUGCCGUUUUUACCUGGUUUUUCAUCCCAGAAACAAAGGGUAAGUCUUUGGAAGAAAUCGAUACCUUAUUUGGUGGUGUCAACCAUAUCCAAAAAGGUGAUCAAUUACACAAUGGCUCUUUGCAAAAGGAAAUGGAUAAGGCUUCACUUGAAUUGAUUGAAAAAGUUUCCACUAGAGAAUCUUUAAAGAAGCCAGUUAGCCCAGAAGAAGUUUAA